CCUGGGCACUUUAACAAUAAGCAGCGGAUUAGGAAGGCAGUCCGUUUCCUCCGUGGCAUUUCCAAGCUUUGGACCCUGCGCCAACCCGCCGAGCACCAGCCUUGGGAAGAGGGGCGCGGGAGAUCCUGGAGAAGGGGCAGCAAGCUGCCUGAUUGACAGCCCGAAAUCUGAUCUUGUGAAAGAGACGCGGAGCCAAUGGGAGGCAGCGAUCCAUCAGUUUGGAUUGGAGGCCCCUGGAGGAGAAGUAGAGGAAAAACCACCGAAUUGAGCUCUGUCAGAGGCGCUUUCGGCUUCCAAGGGGGAAGUGCUGGGCAAUAAUUAAUGUUUUUAUUAAAUUUGGAGGGAAUUUUUUGCAGCAGUUCGCCUAGCGUGGCCUUCAGGUUGAUAGAGGUCCAGAUCCCGAGGAAAUCUCCAGCUAAAUGCUCAAAAUAUAAAACACUGAGCUGAGAUUUGCGAAGAGCAGCAGAAUGGAUGGAUUUUAUGACCAGCAAGUGCCUUACAUGGUCACCAAUAAUCAGCGUGGGAGAAAUUGUAACGAGAGACCAACAAAUGUCAGGAAAAGAAAAUUCAUUAACAGAGAUCUGGCUCAUGAUUCAGAAGAACUCUUUCAAGAUCUAAGUCAAUUACAGGAAACGUGGCUUGCAGAAGCUCAGGUACCUGACAAUGAUGAGCAGUUUGUGCCAGACUAUCAGGCUGAAAGUUUGGCUUUUCAUGGCCUACCACUGAAAAUCAAGAAAGAACCCCACAGCCCAUGUUCAGAACUCGGCUCUGCCUGCAGUCAAGAGCAGCCCUUUAAAUUCAGCUAUGGAGAAAAGUGCCUGUACAAUGUCAGUGCCUAUGAUCAGAAGCCACAAGUGGGAAUGAGGCCCUCCAACCCCCCUACCCCUUCCAGCACUCCUGUGUCCCCGCUACAUCAUGCAUCUCCAAACUCAACUCACACUCCGAAACCUGACCACGCCUUCCCAGCUCACCUCCCUCCAUCACAGCCCAUGCAAGACAGCAGAUACCCCAUGGACCACAGAUUUCGCCGCCAGCUUUCUGAACCCUGUAACUCCUUUCCUCCUUUGCCGACAAUGCCGAGGGAAGGACGUCCCAUGUACCAACGGCAGAUGUCUGAGCCCAACAUCCCCUUCCCACCUCAAGGCUUUAAGCAGGAGUACCAUGACCCAGUGUAUGAACACAGCACCAUGGUUGGUGGUGCGCCCAGUCAAAGCUUCCCCCCUCCUCUGAUGAUUAAACAAGAACCCAGAGACUUUGCAUAUGAUUCAGAAGUGCCUAGCUGCCACUCCAUUUACAUGCGGCAAGAAGGCUUCCUGGCUCAUCCCGGCAGAACAGAAGGCUGUAUGUUUGAAAAGGGCCCCAGGCAGUUUUAUGAUGACACCUGUGUUGUCCCAGAGAAAUUCGAUGGAGACAUCAAACAAGAGCCAGGAAUGUAUCGGGAAGGACCCACGUACCAGCGGCGGGGAUCACUUCAGCUGUGGCAGUUUUUGGUAGCUCUUCUGGACGACCCCUCAAAUUCUCAUUUCAUUGCCUGGACUGGGCGAGGCAUGGAAUUUAAACUGAUUGAGCCUGAAGAGGUGGCUCGGCGUUGGGGCAUUCAGAAAAACAGGCCAGCUAUGAACUAUGAUAAACUUAGCCGUUCACUCCGCUAUUAUUAUGAGAAAGGCAUCAUGCAAAAGGUGGCGGGAGAGAGAUACGUCUACAAAUUUGUGUGCGAUCCAGAAGCCCUCUUCUCCAUGGCCUUUCCGGAUAAUCAGCGCCCGCUUUUGAAGACGGACAUGGAGCGUCACAUCAACGAGGAGGACACGGUGCCUCUGUCUCACUUCGACGAGAGCAUGGCCUACAUGCCGGAGGGGGGCUGCUGCAACCCCCACCCCUACAACGAAGGCUACGUGUACUAACACGAGGACAGUCGGGCAGGGCCUCCGCGCUUUCCCUCUUUUCGGAAGCUGCAGAGAAUCUGAAUUCUCUUCAAUCUUUGUUUGAUUUUUGUUGUUUGUAUUUUAUUUUUAAAUAAUAAUACACAAAAAGGGGCUUUUCCUGUUGCAUUAUUCUAUGGUCUGCCAUGGACUGCGCACUUUAUUUGUGGGUGGGUGGGAGGAAUCUAAACACUUAUUCCGUGUAACAGGAAAGUAACGGGUGAAUGGGCGGGGGAGGGGGGAGUGGGGGAUUACUUUUUACUUUGGCUUGGGAUGGGGUCCUACAGGUUUUAAGUAUGAUGAAGCUAUAUCAUGUUUAUUUGAUUUCAUAACAACAUAAGAAAAUGUUCAUUUUUUUUUCCGGAUAUCUAUGGUACAGUUAAUUCAUGUUGUGUAAAUAUCCACUUGGAGACUAUUUGCCUUGGGCAUCUUCCCCUAUCAUUUCUGUGUCUCUACAAGGUGUACAAAAAAAUGUCAGUUUAAGUGUUAGAAAUUACUGUUUCUGCACCUCUUAUAGAAAGGUAUUUAGAGAUUGUAUUUGCUGGGUUUUGUUUUUUUGCUUUAUAUAUGACUCAACAGAGGAUGACCAUAAUAUGGGUAAUUCUCUCUGAAGUUCAGUAAUCACCAUGACUGUAAAUGAGGGGCACACUUUUGGACUCUGGCUCCAAGCUGAGUCACAGGCCAGUAGCAUUACAUGUAUCUGGUGCCACCUUGCUAUUUAGACACAAAUCAUACUGUUGUUUCAAUAUUUUGAAGCCCAUUUCAGUUCAACAAUGAUACAUCAUGGUCCUUGAGAUCUUCAUUUACAUGUUAAAUCUGGGAUCACCAUGAUGCAAAAAAUAUCUGUCUUUUCACUUCUUUCAGUACAUAAAAUAUUAUUUAAUCCGUAAGAAUUAACUGUACUAAAUCACAUAUUAUGCUGUUCUAGAUACAGCAAGCACUCCUUAAGAAAAAUAUCCAGUACACUAAAUAGGUACUAUAGUAAUUUUUAGAGAUGGUACCCAUUGAUAUGCAUCUAAAUCUUUUACUGCUGUGUUAUGUUGAUAACAUAUAAAUAUUAGAUAAUGCUAAUGCUUCUGCUGCUGUCUUUUCUGUAAUAUUCUCUUUCAUGCUGAAUUUACUAUGACCAUUUAUAAGCAAUGCAGUUAACUACACAUAGCAUUUCAGGACAAAAUAGAUGACUCAAACCAUUUAUUGCUUAAAAACUAGCUUACGCCAUGCUAUGCUCUAAGCAGCUUUUAUGCACAUUGACAAAUGAAGAGUAAGCUUCAGCUUGCUAAGGGAAACUGUGGAAACUUUUGUAACUUUCGGUGACAUGGAAAAUUAUUUACAAACUGUCAAAGUAUAUGAGGAAGUUGCUGUAUGACAUAGUGCUGGCACUGAAACUAUCUGUCCCUCAUCUUGUUUUGGAUACUCGUGUAAAUGUGAUUGGAUUGUUUGAAAGAAGAUUUAAAUUUAAAGAUUUAAAGUUUCAAAGGUUUUCGUUUUGUUUUUGUUUUGCAUUUGGAGAAAAUACUUAAAGUAGGAUAUGUUGUACCAUUCACCUUGAAAAAAAACCACAAGUAAAGGGUUUUAUAGUAUAUCUCAAUAGCUUGCUAAAUGAUUCACGCAAGAACUGUGAAUUUUGUUCAGUCCACAAAUAUCCCAAAAGAAUGACAUUUUUUUAAAGAGUAUCUAUCAAAAUGUUAAAAAAAAAAACCCCAUCCUACACAAAUCCGAAAUCAGCCUCAGAAAGUACUUCACCAAGUGCAGGACAGAUCGUUGAAAGAUCCAUCUCCUGGCUAUCUUUUUUCCCACUUAUCCCUAAAUUGAACAGCUAUUGGCAAACCCAUAUACCAUAAUCACUAUUAUUUACAUUUAAUCCUACAAAAGAUUCUAAUUUCAAUAUAUAUGUAUGUAACCUGUCAUUUCAAUAAUUAUUCCACAUACAUGCAUUAUACAUCAUCGGGCCCAUUGUGGGCUAAGAAGUAUGCCUUAAAAAUCUGAACUUGUAUCCCCCUUACUUUGCUCCUGUGGCCAUUUACUGAGAAUGAAUUUUAAACUAUUCAGCUAAAGUUAUACUGGAAAAAGAAUUGACAUAUUUGAAGAAAUUGAAAGUGGGUCUUUACAAUAUGAUCUAAAUGAAAAGUGUAUUGAGGAUUCUAUUUCUUUUUAUUUUCUCUUUUCUUUUUUUCUCUUUUAUAAUUCUCUAGUUUGCCAGUGGGGAACAAUUGGGCUAUGAGUUACCUUAAGAAAUCAAAAGAAGAAUCGGUUUCACUUAUAUAAUAUUUAAGGACAAACUAUAUAUUUUGUUGUUUAAGGUAGUGACUCACUGAAUGAAAUAAUUGGCCAACAUUGAGGAUAUUUCCAAUACAGAAGGGUUUAAAACAUUGCAUUAUAAACUUUUGGGAAAUGUAUAUAAAUUUUUUUAAGUUCUGUUUUCAUUCUACUUUUUGUUUGGCUAUGUUUUUAUUUUAGAUAGAUUAAUAAAUCUGGCAGCUGAUUUCUGCAAGA